AUGCGCACCUGGUUCGGCCGCGGCAAAAAGCUGCAGUUGGCCGUGACAUCCUGCUGCCUGUGCGCCUUCGUCCUCUACGGCUACGACCAGGGCGUGUUUGGCGGAAUCCUCGAGAACUCCGACUGGCUGACGCAAUUCAACCACCCUGGCGACACACUCACGGGCUUCAUCACGUCGAGCUACAACUUGGGAUGUCUGGCGGGAUGUUUUGGGAACUUUAUUAUCGGCGAUAGACUUGGGCGCCGACGCACGAUUUGGCUGGCUAUGGCCUGGGUUAUUGUGGGGGCGGCCCUCCAGGCGAGUGCGUUUUCCCGGGGGCAUUUGAUUGCGGGCAGGAUUGUUACGGGCGUUGGGACGGGGUUGAAGACCUCGACUGUUCCUAUGUACCAAUCCGAAAUCUGCGAGGGGACAAAGCGCGGCCGGCUCGUCUCGGCCGAGGUCAUGUUCGUCGGCAUCGGCAUCGCAUUCGCAUACUGGUGGGACUUCGCGUUCAGUUUCGUCGGCGGCUCAUUCGCGUGGCGCUGGCCGCUGGCCUUCCAGAUCGUGUUUGCACUAUGGGUGAUUCUCGUCGUCUUUGGCGUCCCCGAGUCACCGCGUUGGCUACUCAAGAAUGGGCAGAAGGAGGAGGCCAUUGAGGUCUUGUCGGCCAUUUACGAUAAACCCGUGGAUCACCCGGAUAUCCUCGCUGAAGCCGAGUCCAUUGAGUCGGCGCUUUCGGUCGCCGCAGAGGCCGAGGGGAGCACGUCGUGGGUGUCGACUUUCCGCAAGGAUAAGCUGAGCACGCGCUAUCGCAUCUUUCUCGCGUGGUUCGUGCAGUUUAUGAAUCAGGCCGGUGGGAUUAACUUGGUUGUUUACUACAUUCUCACUGUAUUGCAAACAAACGUCGGCCUCGAACACCGCCUCGCCCAGAUCAUCGCCGGCUGCAUCCAACUAAUGUUCCCACUGGGCUCCCUCAUCCCCUCUCUCACUUUGGACAAAAUGGGUCGCCGGAGCACAAUGCUCUGGGGUUCCGCGGGUCUCAGUAUCUCCAUGAUGCUGGUCUCCGCCCUCCUCUCGCAGAGCAACGAUACGACCCGCGGCAAAGCAUUCGCUUCUGGAUCCGUCGCGUUCUUCUUCACGUAUAUGUUCAUCUUCGGCGCGAGUAUGAACUGCGUCCCCUGGGUGUAUGUUCCUGAGAUUCUGCCACUGCAUGCGCGCACCCGCGGGACGGCGAUUGGGGUUAGUUCGAAUUGGUUGUGGAAUUUUGCGGUUGUCAUGAUAACGCCCAUAAUAAUCGAACGCCUAAAAUGGAAAGCAUACCUGAUCUUCAUGGCGACGAACCUGGCCUUCGUCCCGGUGAUUUACUUCCUCUACCCGGAGACGUCGAAUUUGAGUCUUGAGGAGGUGGAUAAUAUUUUCUCAAGGGGCGGGAAUCCGGUGGUCGUUGCGCGGAGUAUACAGAAGGAGUUGGCUCUGGGAAUUCGAGAGGGGGAUGUUGAGAAUUCGUCUGGGGAGGGAGAGAAGGUGAUGAAGAAGGGGGAUGCGGUCGUUGAGCAUGUUGGACAUUGA